AUGGCUGUUAUAAACCAACCGUCCAAUCAGAUUAAGCUUACCAAUGUGUCGCUUGUCCGAAUGAGGAAAGGCAAGAAAAGAUUUGAAAUUGCAUGCUACCAGAACAAAGUCCAGGAUUGGAGGCUGAGAGUUGAGAAAGACCUAGAUGAGGUGCUUCAGAUUCCUCAAGUGUUUAUGAAUGUCUCCAAGGGCCAAGUUGCCAACAAUGAAGAUUUGCUAAAUGCAUUUGGCUCGACCAAUCACGAUGAAAUCAUUCUUGAGAUCUUGGAUAAGGGAGAGAUUCAGUUGAACGAGAAGGAGAGAAGCGCUAACUUGCAACAGAAACAGAAUGAGUUCUUGAACUUGAUCUCUACUAAAUGCAUCAACCCAAGAUCCAAAAAGAGGUAUCCUCCCAGCAUGAUCCAGAAAGCUCUUAACCAGCUUAAGUUUCACUUGAAUCCUAAUAAGCCUGCUAAGACCCAGGCGCUAGAAGCUAUUAAGCUUUUGAUUUCUGAGCAGCUUAUGCCAAUUGCCAGAGCACAGAUGAAGGUGAAAAUUACGCUUCUUGCUCGUGUACAAGAAGCUUACGAUGAGCAUUUCAAGCCUUUGCUAGACACAGUAGAGGACGAAAAAGCUGGCGAGAAGUUGUUCGAGGUGGUCGCCAUUAUUGAUCCUUCUAAUUAUAAGACAAUCGUUGAUUUACUUCAAGGCGAAGGUGCUGUUAUAAAGAAGGGUGAAGGUUCUGUUGAAGUUCUCGAUAUGGCUGCAAUCAAGGAAUAA